AUGUCGGACGGCUCGGCAACAGUCGUGGAAAACACGAAUGGAGCCUCGGCUUCCCAUAAGCGCCAAGGGGGUUGGGGUGACUGUGAGUUUCGCCGCAUGUUCUUGAAGCUUGGUCUGAUCAAGUGGUGUACAGAUGGAGGAAAUCCUCUUGCACAUGUGGCCACAAAUGCCUCUGAAGAUGGCUCGGUACGCCUGGCAGCUUUCGGAGGUGCCUUCCAGCCAGGCCUCUACCGGCCGCCUACUGUAAGUCGGAUAAUGAGUGUGGUUCCGGAACAGGAGCUAACGAUGAUUGACAGAACAAUUUCGCGAAUCCAGUGAGUCGUUGCCAUGACAUACUCUCAAACAUCGGCAGCACCUGAUUCCAGAGUCCAGGCGCCUCUAGGUCUCGCCGGCUUCGCCUUCACAACGUUCCUACUUUCGAUCAUCAACCUGGGAACAAGAGGCUUGGCAACUCCGUCUAUCGUACGUCUCCGCGAUACCCGUACGGCCCUGUAUCUGGGAUGUGAGCUGACUUGUGUAGGUCAUCGGUCCAGCCUUCGCAUAUGGAGGUCUCUGCCAGCUUCUCGCCGGCAUGUGGUUUGUGGAUCAACCCUUUGGAUUGAGAAAACGGGCUUAACGAACGACCAGGGAGCUCGCAAUCGGAAACACGUUCGGUGGCACCGCGUUGUCCUCGUAUGGCGGGUAAGUUUGGGAUCGGAAGUCGCCAUACUCAAGCUGAAUCCAUAUUGUAGGUUUUGGAUCUCAAUCGGCAUCAUCUUGACACCAGGUGGUUUUGCGGUUCAGGACGCAUACACGAAUACCGGCGAUUUCUAUGGUGCUUUCGGCCUGUACCUGCUUGGGUGGUUCAUUUUUACCUUCCUCGUAAGCAUGAGCACCCAACAAAUCGCCGAGUGAUAGCAAGAUGCUGACCCGAUAAUUCAGCUAUGGAUCCUCACGCUCAAGGCUACUCUUGCAUUCAGCUCACUCCUUCUCACGGUAUGGUUGACCUUCCUUCUCCUCGGGCUGUCCUAUAUCGACGCGCAGAACAACUCUGAAGGCAUGCCGAACGUGGCCUUGACGAGAGGUGGAGGCGGCGUUGGCAUUGUGGCCGCUUUUCUGGCAUGGUACAAUAUGAUUGCUGGUAUGGCGGACACGUCGAACAGCUUCUUCGUGAUUCCUGUAUUCCACUGUAAGUCUCGUUGUUCCUUCUUUCGCCCCAGUGGAAAUUUGCUAAUCUUGUUCCAGUCCCGUGGAGUGAGAAGGGCCGCGAGCAGAAGAGAGAGAAGGAGAGACGUGCUAGCAAUGAGUAUGUCGCUUGA